UUGGGGAAGGCUCCCACCCUUCCUCUGUCCUCUGAAGGAGCCUGAUCAUCUCUCUCCUGCUGCGCAGACUUCCCUGAGGUGGCCCCUCCGCGGGGCUUCCCUCUGGCCUUGAGGUCUGUGCUUGUCUUCUCAUCUCCCUGGAGGAGAGCAAGGCGAUGGGUCUGCCCCUGCUGCUGCCCCUGCUGCUGCUGCUGCUGCUGCUGGCGUCUCUACAGGCUGGUCGUUCAACAAAGUGCAAUUCACAGUAUCUUUAUGAAGUCAACCAACCAAAGCAACUCUCAGCCCCUGAAGGUGGCUCCGUCCAGAUCCCCUUCUCCUUCUGUCACCCCUGGGAGUUAUCCAAUGUUCUCAGCGUGACUAUAUCCUGGAAAUGGAAACACUUCCAUGGGGAGACCAUCUACAACACGACUCCAUCUUUCAUCCAUAAGGAUUUCAAGAACCGGCUCUCUCUGAACUGGACAGAGGACGGGAGGAGCGGCUUCCUCCAGAUCUCUAACCUGCGGAGGCAGGACAAGAGUGUGUACUUCUGCCGAGUCCACUUGACCGCCCGGAAUCAUAGCAAGAAAAACUGGCAGUGCGUCCCUGGGACCAACCUUGUCAUCACUCCCGCCACCAAGAAAACCACCAAAGGCCCCCCCAGCACCACCACCACCGCCACCACCACCACCGCCACCACCACCACCGCCGCCACCACAGAGGGCCUCUGUAUCACAGACGGCAUAAAGAGCUCUGGACCCCUGUCUCUGGGAGCUAUAGUCGGGGUGGCACUGGCUGGUGCUGUGUUCAUAAUCGCUAUUUUGGGAGUGUUGGUCUACCUCAGGUGUAAGAGAAACAAAGGUCUGUGGACUAAUGCCAGAGCCCCAGCCAGGGGAUCCUUCCAAAAUACCGAGGAGAAUUAUGAGAACACUAGGAACAAAGGACAACACAGAGAGCCCGAGCUGGACCCCAAGGAUGACAACAUCUUCUAUGCCUCCCUUGCCCUGUCCAGCUUGACCUCACGGUCAGCACCUCCCUGCCAGCCUCCCCAACAGAAUCCCCAGGACGAGACUCUAUAUUCUACCCUAAAGACCUAACAAGUGGGCCUGGAUGGUGAGCUGUAAGCUGCACAGAGGGGUCACCGCUUCCCAUAAUGACCCUGGCCGGACGCAGGCAACUCAGAAGCCACAGAGCCAACUCAGGGGUCGAAAGCCACCAAGGACCUGAGAGAAACAGCCAUCUGCUCCAAUUCCCUCUACAACCUCUGCUCUUGCCCACAAAAUAAAACUACCAGAUUUGCCUGAAUCCAUCUAACGAGAAAACUGGUAUCACCUUCAACAUCUGUCCUUCUCACCAAAAUGAACUAUAAGAUCCCUCCUCUAAUACCCCUGUCCAGUGACUGCCUCGGGCCUGGAAACACUAAGUCCCCAGACACUGGUAGGCAGCCCAGAACCCAAGGUCUGCCCCCCAAUCUAACCAUUCUAUUCCCCUUACAAUAAUAAUUGGCAUGUAUUGUGUUAAGCCUUUGUGUGUAUUACCUCAUUUAAACAUCAUGAACAUCCCUGAACGGUACAGGAAGUACUCCUCUGAGGCAUGAAACAAGGAGCCAGAAUGGUUACAGUGUUUUUCCCAAGGCCACACAGCUACUGUGUUUCCCAGAAAAU